AUUUGCUUCCACAAGAUUGGAAGAAUAUUUGUAUCGAUUAUGGAAAUUUAAAGACUUAUAUCAAAUCUAAUAUUACUCCAAAUACUUUAAAACUUGAAUUAUCUCAAAUGGUAUGGAAACCUUCAAAUGAAGACCAAUCAAAUUUCAUUCAAUUAGUUUCUACUCGUUUAGAUUCAGAAAUACAAAGAGUUUCAGAUUUUUUUAUAAAUCAAACAAAUUCUCUUAUCAAUAUUUAUGAAAAGAACGAAGGUGUUUAUUCCAAUGAAUAUGAUCUUGCGGAUUUAUUACAAUCAAUCAUAAAAUUAGAAAAAUUUGUUUUCCUUAAUUACACAGGAUUAGUUAAAAUAUUAAAAAAACAUGAUAAGUGUUCUGGAUUAAAUUUUAGUCAAGCUUAUCUUUAUCGAAUUGCUUCCCUUCCAUUUGUAAAUUCUGGAAAACUUUCAUCAUUAAAAAAGACUUUAAUGGAAAAACUG